AUGAUGGCUAACUCGCUUCGCGCAUUUGCCAGUCAUUUCUGGUCACACAAGGAAGAGAAACUUUGGAAUUCCCUUCCAGGCCAGAAGGAAUAUGAGUCGCUGCGCUGUUUCUUCGCAGAGCGCAUUGAGACACCCGAGACGAGUGUAUGGCGCAAGCGGAGAAAGAAUUACAGCUCUAAGAGGCAGAAGGAAAAACACGGGAAGAACCUGGUUUAUUCCAAGUGUCCAGAAGACGUACAGAAAGAACUCGACAAGACGCGAGAGAAGGAAUGGAACAAAUGGAAAGAGUUCAGCGCUGCCCUUGUCAUAGACAAGAAGCAGCUGGAAGAGCUGGUACGCGAAGGACACCAGAUAGUGCCUACCCAAUGGGUAGAAGUGGACAAGAACCAUGCUCAAAGGCUUCUUGAUCCGUCAAUAGAGCCAACGUACAAAAGCAGGCUCGUUGUACGAGGGGAUCUCGAGCAGGGAGACCCACGCAGUGACAGCCCUACAGCGAGCAUCGAAGCGCAGAACAUCGUGUUCUCGUUCGCUGCAUCGAGACGUCUCAAGAUCUGCAGCUUGGACGUCACAAACACCUACUUUCAAGGAGAAGAGAUUGACAGAAUCCUUCUCUUGUCACAGCCAAAGGGCGGACUGCCAGGACUCAAGCCUGACGAGCACAUGCUCGCAAGAGCUCCCAUUUAUGGUAGUACCGAUGGAGGCAGGCGAUUCUGGAAACGCCUCCGGACCUAUCUUAAGAAGAAAGGUCUCAAGGAGAACCGAAUCUGCCGUGCUCUGUACAGCUUCACGGACGCCAAUGGGGUGGUACAGAUGCUCAUGACGUCCCAUGUGGACGACCUGCUAUGGGCAUGUGACCCGUCACGCGACUGGAUCAUUAAGGACCUGAUCGACACUUUUAAGUGUGGUACGGUCGAAAAAGGCUCUUUCAGGUACUGCGGAAAGGAGGUUAAGCAGGACGAAGACUUCACUAUCCACGUCUCCUGCAGUGACACCGCCCGAGGAGUCAAGAAGAUCCACAUCGCGCCGAAGAGGCACCGAGGAGAUCCCUUGACGGACUCCGACAAGACGCAGAUGAAAAGCGUCGCUGGAUCGCUGGCAUGGGUUUGCAGACAAUGCCGACCAGAUCUCAGCUACCGGGUAUCACGUAUCCAAUCCGCUUCAAAUAGUGGAACGGUUGCGGAUAUACGGGAUGCGAACAAAACGGUGGAAUACGCAGUGCGUACCCACGACAGAGGUUUGACUUUCCGGUCCGGCAUGUUGGAUUGGACAACACCCGGCGCUUUAUUAAAUCUCGUCGUUACAGACGCCUCUCACGCGAAUGAGUCCGAGGAGAUGAUCGUGAAUGAAACGACGUCUCUUGAGCACCAUCGGAGCCAAAGUGCACGCAUGGUGUUUCUCACCACGGAGGCCCUGUGGAAGGGAGACCGAGGUCAUAUUCAUCCGAUCUCAUGGUCGAGCAACCUCGUACGCAGAGUAUGUAGGUCGACCAUCCAAGCGGAAGCCUACACCUUACAGGCCGGCGUUGAGGACGGCGACGUGGUAAGGGCCGCUGUCACAGACAUCUUCGGACGUCUUGACUUAAAGCGUUGGGAGGCCACCUCCGCUGGAUUUAUGAGACAGAUCUGGAUGACAGACUGUAAGAGUCUCGAGUCAACCCUUAAGAACCCUAAGUGCAACAAGCACUCAGAUAAGCGGUUGAGUAUCGAGAUCGCGUCUCUGAGACAGGAUCUCUGGAGGAAAAAGGGCGAUGAUGCAGGUGAUCCAUUCUAUGACGACUAUAGACCUGCAAAUGAUCAGCUAACUGACAUUGUGAGAUGGAUAGAUACCGACGUGAUGAUCGCGGAUCCUCUCACGAAAGUGAUGGAACCAGCCAAGCUGGUGGAAGCCCUAGAGACCAACGUUCUCGACAUCGAACAGCCCAUUGACAGUGUCGUCAAGAAGCGGGCAAAGCAGCUCCAGAGGCGAAAGGGUGAUCACGACGAGGACACCUUGAAACACGAUUCAAACUCCCUGACGUUGUGCAAGGCAGAGGAGCGUUCUGUACUGGACCUUUGGCUCAAGAGGAGCGGUCCCGUCUCACAGCUGGAGGAUCUCAUGCGUCGUCGAGGUGUGGACCAGGCCUGGGAUGCCCUUCAGGAGAUGAUGCGUGCCGGCCUGCCAGCCGACCGCUUCACGGUCUCCCGAAUGCUUAUGCGCACCCUGGCAGACGGGCGGAGGAGCUGGGACCCGGCAAAGAUCAACCGGUCAGUCGCGCUCGUUGAACAGUUCGUGCAAUUACAGCCGCAGGAGGCAGACGAGGUGCUGUUCAAUGCAAUUUUAGACACACACUCGCGAACCAAAGACAUUGCCAAGCUGGAAACGACCUUUCAGCGCAUGAAGGACCUAGGCGUAGAGCCCUCCCACGUGACGCUGGGGAUCCUUGUGAAGGCAUAUGGCCAAGUUUGCGACAUCAAGAAGGUCGUGCAGCUCUGGGAUGAGAUGCACGAGCAGCGAGAGCAGGCGAAUGCCGUCACCUAUGGGUGCAUGAUCAAUGCCUGCGUCAAGUGUAGCCAAACAGAGAAGGCCCUCUCAAUUUUCCGCGAUAUGCAGAAGAAGCAUAAGCAGUGCAACACAAUCCUUUACACGACUCUCAUCAAGGGGUAUGGGAACGAGAAGGAUCUUAACACUGCGAUCAUGCUCUUCAGAGAGAUGCGAGAGGAAGGCGUUCCCUACAACACCAUUGCUUACAACUCCAUUAUCGACGUCUGCAUAAAAUGCACGGAAGUUGCGAAGGCAGAGGAAUUUUUUCAGGAGAUGAUGUCCGAGGGCAGCACUGUACAGCCGGACCUCAUCACGUAUUCCACGUUGCUGAAGGGCUACUGCCAGGUGGGAGACCUGGACAAGGCACUGCAAGUUGCCGCCACCAUUAAGGCGUGUGGGAUGCAGUGUGACGAGCUGGUCUACAACACUUUGAUGGACGGCUGCGUCAAAGUUGCUUGUCACAAGGCUAAUGAUCUUUCGGCUGGGGUCGGGCUGUUCGCAGAGAUGGAUCUUGCACUGAAGCCGAGGCUUUACCAGCGCAAUGGCUACAAGGGAAAUGUCCGCAGCCUGCGCCAGCUGGGCAAACUGGGCAGCCCAAACAGGGCAGCUACGACACAGGUGCAGAAUGUUCAAGCAGUUUGCACCGUUCUGGAUGUGGCUUGGCAAGUGCUCAGGCAGCCUGGAGCUCAGCAGAAGGAGCUCAAAGUCUUUGAGGUUGAGGUCUUCAAGAGGGGCGCCGAGUCAUUCCUUGCCUCUGGAGCAGGCCCGGCCAGCCAGCGCAGUAUGCUCCGCCGCCCGGGGCAGGACACCAUCCCCACCCAGGUCAAGCCGGCCCCGGCCAAGCCCAUGCUAUGCCUAUGCAGCAAGGACCUCAUCCAUGCAUGGGCCCUCCAAGCCAAAUGGGCCAUCCUAUGCCGCAAGGCCCACAGGGCCACCAGGGCUACGCUCAUGGCCCUUGUCAGCCUUGCGGGCCAGGGCGACGCGCCUCCGCCGCAGGCAGAGUGCUCUACCGAUCGCAGUCCAUUUUUUCAGCCAGUGGCAGUCAGGAAAUGGGCAUGGGCAAUUUUGCUGGCCCGUGAGGGCCGCCGGACAUGCGAGGCCGCCCUCGGGGCCGUGAGCCCGCCGGCGGGCGACUUCCGCGAGUGGUCGCCCGGUCAUUACUCAGCUCUCUUGAUGCUGGAUAACUUGGGCAAUCGCUUCAUCUUUCCAGCGCCCCAGCCCUCUUAUGGCGCGCAGUCCUACAAGAGGAACUUGUGCUGGAUCCCUUGGAACAGCGUCAUUUCCCCCAAGCGCGUCGGGAAUGAGGCGAGUGCCAGCGGGAUCCCUUGCCUGUGGUUCCCGGCACCCAAGGCGGCUACAGUCAUCCUUUUCUUCCAUGCCAAUGCUGAGGAUCUGGGAAUGUCCUUUGCAGUCUUGCGGCACAUCCGGGAUCAGUUCAAGGUGAACGUCCUGGCUGUGGAGUACCCAGGCUACGGCUUGCUGCACCACAUGGAACCCUCAGAGGAUGCUGUGUACGAGGUCGCACUGACUGCUUUCCGCUUCCUGGUGGAUGAGAUUGGCGUCAGGUACUCCCAGAUCAUUCUGUUUGGGAGAUCUCUUGGCAGUGGGCCGGCGGUCUUCCUCGCCGCGCAGUACCCUGUUGGAGGUCUGAUUUUGGUCUCGGCCUUCUCUUCCAUCAAGGCCGCAGUGCAGAGUAUCGUUGGACGUGUGGUGGCCUGGACCUUUGCGGAGCGCUUCCCCAACGGUCGGAUCAUCGCCAAUGUGUCUUGCUCCACGCUCUUCAUCCACGGGGAGUCGGACAGCUUGAUCCCUGCAGAGCACUCGCUGCGGCUCUUCAAGCGCUGCCGCGCGCGGAAGCUCUUAGUGACACCGCCAAAGAUGGAGCACAAUUCGAACCUCUUCGGUGAUGCUUCAUUCUUAGCAGUGCCGGCAAUCCAUUUUUUCGGGUUUCCUGGCUACUACACCGCUUCACCGCCUCGGCUGCAGGCUCAUCUCUUUGAGGAUCCCGCCAAGAGAGCGCGGCUCCUCAAAGAGAAGAACAAGCAGGAGCCUCUCUCGUCCUUGACGAAGCCCUCCUGGCUAUGCGACUGCCUGGCCAAGGGUGAUGCGCAGCAUUUGGACGUGACGUUUUGCCGGCAGGAAAACUCUGUCGAGGACAUCACCAUCCGAUUCCACGAGGCCUCGCAGCAGGAGGCGGCUGAUCCGAGCCAGAUCAAAGGAGACUUGGGAGACAUGCAACCUUCCGAGAGUGAGGAGGUGGCCGCGUUGCCAAAGCUGCAGAAUCCAGAUAGAGGUAGCGAAGACAAAGAGAACGACAAGGAGGCGUUGAGAGACGGCCCAAGCCUUACGGAGAAGAAGGCUGAGGCGGCUGAGGCGGUCCGCUCGAUUGCGCCAGAAGCGCCUGAGGAGGGCCAUGUUGUUAUGUCUUAUGCAACCUGA